UGAGAGCAGCGCAUGCGCACACCGAAUUCAGAAAAACUUUCAUAUCCCUCACGCGUACUUGUUUGCCGCUUUCAAUCACAUCAGUCCCAGGAGCACCUGGACUGGACCGAGGCGGCAGAAAAACACGACACGACACGACACGACAGAAAAAGGUCAAAUCUCUGAAAUGGAAAACACAAACCUUGUGAAUAAGGAGUUUGUAAGCGUAUGGGUACGAGAUCCUCAGGUACACAAGGAGGAUUUCUGGCACGCAUACAUCACCUAUGAGAUCUGCCUUCAUACCAAUAGCAUGUGUUUCCGGAAGAAGACCUCUUGUGUGAGAAGGAGGUAUAGCGAGUUUGUUUGGCUGCGUCAAAAACUACAGAACAAUGCUCUGCUUAUAGAGUUACCUAAACUACCUCCCGGGAAUCCUUUCUUCAAUCUCAAUAGUGAUUUCCAGAUCACUCAAAGGAUGCAGGGGCUGCAGCAGUUUCUUGAGGCAGUUAUACAGACACCAUUACUGCUGUCAGACAGUCGACUGCACCUGUUCUUGCAAUCGCAGCUGAGCCUUGCAAAAAUGGACGCGUGUGCGCAGGGACAGACACAUUACACGGUCGCUCAGGCAAUACAGCGAUGUGUCGGGUGUACCCGUUUCCCUGUGGAGGAACAGCAUCAAGAAGAAGACAGCAAAACAUGCUGUGACUCAGACUGUGAAAGUACAACGUCCUCUGGCUUGGGCAAUAGUUUAGGACGUGCCACACCUGUUGAGGAAGACUCUUCCUAUAAUGAAAGCUUUUCCCAUGAAUUUCAUGUCACGAACCCUGAGGCCGAACUCUGUAGCAGCCUGUCUUCAUCGCCUAGCAACCAGUAACAUGUGCACUCUUAUAUGAACUCAGUAGAUGUAUACAAACACAUCCACGCAUACUCUGACAAAGAGAGCUGCUGCCCAGUUGCUGCUUCGAGCCUCCAGAGUUAUAUUUGGAUGGACAUUGAAACAAAAAAGUUCUUGAUUACUGUUUUAUUACAUGUUGUGUUUGUGUUGUUUUGAUGUCUUUUAAAAAAAUACAGAGAUAUCUUUAUUUAAUUUUUGCGGUGGUUAUGUAAAAUAAUCCUUUACUAAAAGGCUGACCUGCAAAGGACAAAUGCCUAGUGAAUAAUAAGCAUUUUUCUUGAUACUGUCAUCGUGUGCCUGACAAAGUAGCUUUUUAAAAUGCUUUAAAUGUACCGAUGUGGUUUUGUUUAACUUUUUUUUUUUUUAUAUAUAUAUACAAAGUAAGCUGACAGUUCAUUACUUUAAAUGUUUCUUAAAAAUUCUUAUCACAUUAACAUUUCUAAAUGUUACUAUGAUAAGGGGACUGUAAAUUUGUGAAGAUAUAUAUUUUUAGGUACAUUUUUAUUGUGAUUCCGUGUAUAUUUAGCGUUAAAUUAAUAAAACCAAUUUUUAAUACUAGUUGUGAAUUUGUUGUUGAAAUGUAAAUGAUGGAGAUAGUUCUGUUACCUAAAGAUGAUAAUACAUUAUCUAAAUAAGGGCGUAAAUGCUAAAUAAUUUCGCAGAUGCAGAAAGAGAAUAGUUUCUGCUCAUUGAAGCCAAUAUCCAUUCAAUUCAUAAGAGUAACUAUAUAUACCAGAAAGUUCGAUCAGUUUAGAUUAAAAUUAUUACUAAUAUGAGGGGGAAAAAAUAAGGUAAAUAAGAGAAAGAUGGCUAUAGCCACAUUUACAUUUCCUUUGCAUGGACCACUUGUUUAAAAGAUUAAGAGUAGUUUGCUCUUAACCCGGUCACACAUGCUAAACGGUUGUCUUUUUUCAUCUCUCUUUCAUUCUGCACUCACACUGCAGCAUUUUUCAGUAUCUAAUUGUAGUUUAAGAGAGAUUAACUUCUCAAUAAAUGAGGGAUGAAGUUUUUGACAUAAAUGUUUGGUUGUAACCGCUGGACUGAUUGGGGGUUUGUUCGAUCUGCGUAGGUGUAAAUUCAUCAGCGUCUAGCAGCAGCCGAUAAACACUUUCAGUAUUGUCAUCCAGAUCACCAGACUCACAAAACCUCACCAAUCUCUGCCACUGCCAAUCACCAUCACUGUGGUACCAACUAAACCCACUUUCCUUUAUAUGU